CUAUGGCGUCGGAGGUGCCACGGAGGCGCUUCCUGGAACCGAAACACUCUUUCACUUUCGAAACGGAAACGACCCUACUUGGCGUCGAGCGGCAGCGAGGGCCAGACAUCGGCGAGGCGGAGCUCUCCGUGAUACACUUCAUCGUUUGGGCGAGGAAGUACUGGGGGAAAAGCUUCGACAAGUGGGUCGUUUCAUCGGUGGACACGGACCUAUGGAUGAUCAUUCUAUUGGCGAUGACCACUGGUUGGCUUCGGCCUCGUGGCGAGGGGGCGAUUGACGUGACUGUCCAGAAGGUCUUGGGUGGCGAGACCAAGUUCCUGUGGAUGAACAGAGUAUUCGCCAGCAUCUGCGAACUCCAGGACGGAAGCGAGUCCGCGUGGCCGCUAUUGACCUUCAGGGGCUGGAUUCCCACGGACAACGACAAGGUCCGUCUGUUCGUCCUAACGUUCCUGGAGUCGGGCUGUGACUACCUCCCGGCAAUUUCCGGGCUGCCGUUCGACAAGAUGUGGGUACUGGCCCUCAAGAGCGUGCAGACGGAGGUUUUGUUUGACAAGCCGCUGUUCUUCGACGAGCAGGAUGGCACGUGGGCCGUGCAUGUCGACGAAUGCGCGCAGCUUUUGGCGACCAUGUUCUUCUACAAGGAUGAAGCGGCGUUUGGCACUGCUCAUUUGACUCCAGCCCAGCUGGUCGAAAGCGUUGACGGCGACGUCGAGGGCUACGUGGACGUGAUCCGCUACGCCAUCCUCCAACUCCCCAGGAAGAAGACGACAGCCACCUGUCCAUUUUUUUUUCCCUGCGCAAGCAGGCAGAACGAGGAAUCGCAUGGAGCGGAACAGAACGACGUGGAGGCGGGGACCCCCGAGUCGCCUGCGAGCAAGGACGUUUCCGCCGGCGAAGCCGCGAAAUCUAAGAGCGCAGAGUUAGAAGACCCCGAGUCGGAUGAGAACGGCGACGGUUCGGUCGGUGAACUCGACGAUUUGAUCAAGUCGGAUUCGAGCGAAUCUGGCUCCAGCGAUGGGGAACCUGACGGGGUGGCGAGAAGAGCGUCGACACCAACUGGAGUGACGGAGACACAGAUGAUGGUGUUACGGAUCUCGUAAUCGACGCCCGGAACUGAGAUCUGGCUACUUCUUCAAGCAGGUACAUAAAACAUCGUUCCUCGGGAUUGGGAUUGGGGAUGUCGUGCCCGGCAUUAUUGCACGUCAGAUCUCCACGUCGUACCGAAAGAUCGUGUGGUCCGAUUUGUUCUAGCAUGUUUCAAUGACAUAUUUCGCGCGUCCUUGUUGGUGGUUGAACAGGCCCGCCCGUGCUUCACUUCCGUUGGAUGCAUCCGUCCACGAAAUACGACGACCCCGGGGUACGAGAUAUCAGACGGACGAAC